UAUCAAACAUUAUUUCACACUCUGUUCUUCUCUUCUUCUUCUCAAACCAUUCGCCGGAGCAACCUUCGCCGGAGCUCCGGCAAUGCUAUUAUCCAACCACUGAAUUCACCGUUUCUCAGUGAUGGGGAUACCAUCAGACGACCUCGUUGUGAUCCAGCAUGCCAAGAAUGCAAAUGAACCAACCAUUGUCACUGUCAAUUGUCCUGAUAAAGCUGGUCUUGGCUGUGAUCUUUGCAGAAUCAUCCUUGAAUUUGGUCUUCGUAUUACUAGAGCUGACAUUUCAACGGACGGAAGAUGGUGCUUCAUUGUUUUUUGGGUUAUUCCACAUCCAGCAUCACUCAAAAUUGAUUGGGAAAACUUGAAAACAAGGCUUCUAUCACCUUGUCCUUCAUGUUUGUUUUCUUAUAAUUUCAAUCAACGAAAUCCUUCACCACCUCCAAUUUACUUGUUGAAGGUUUGGAUUAUUGAUCAGAAAGGAUUACUACAUGAUAUUAAUGAAAUCUUGUGUAACCUUCAACUUACUAUUCAGCGAGUUAAAGUGAUGCCAACACCAGAUGGAAGGGCCCUAGAUUUGUUCUUUAUCACUGAUGAAAUGGAACUGUUUCACACAAAAGAGAGGCGAGACGAUGUAUGUCAAUAUCUUAGUGAAGCUUUAGGAGAGAGGUGUAUCUCCAGUGAACUUCAGUUGGCCGGGCCUGAAUAUGGACAUUUGCAGGGUUUUUCUUCUCUUCCACCAGCUUAUUCUGAAGAAUUAUUUGGUCCUGAGUUGGUAGACAAGGUCUCUUUGCAUCCUCUCAGUCAAGACAUGACGACACUGAAGACACCAACUGUUACAGUGGACAAUUCGUUGAGUUCAGUUCAUACCUUGCUUCAGAUACAGUGUGUUGAUCAGAAGAGCUUGUGUUAUGACCUUAUGAGGAUUUCUAAGGAUUCUGAUAUUAAGGUUGCUUAUGGUAGAUUCAAUUCAAGUGCGAAAGGCUUUCAAAAUAUUGACUUAUUUGUUCAGCAAAAAGAAGAUGGGCAAAAGAUCAUAGAUCCCGAACGUCUCAAAACUCUGUGUACCUGCUUAAAAGAAGAGAUGCUUCAUCCUUUGCGGGUGAUUAUCGUGAAUCGGGGUCCAGAUAUAGAACUGCUGGUUGCCAAUCCCGUUGAACUGUCCGGAAAGGGAAGGCCUCGUGUUUUCUACGAUGUUACGUUGGCUUUAAAAGCAUUGGGAGUAUUCAUUUUCUCGGCUGAAGUUGUUAGGCAUUCGACACAAGAACGCCAGUGGGAAGUCUACCGGUUUUUGUUGGACGAAAGCCGGGAUUUUCCACUGAACAGCAGCAAAGCUAGAAGUCAGAUUGUGGACAAAGUUAGAAGAACAUUGAUGGGUUGGUAAUCUGGUUCAGUUCAUAUCAGAUAAGAAACACUGUUUCAGUAUUUGUGCUGGUGUCCCUUUUUAAGUUACUUUCCCUAUUUAUACCAACUUGGUUUACUGUUUCAACUUGGUUUAGGUAUUAGUUAUCUAACUAAUCAUGUAAAUUUGGCUUUCUGGUAGAUUAUUUUACGUCUCUUUUCUUUGACUUCAGUGAAAAGUUUUCUCUAUAUAGGUUUUCUAUGCAA